UCUCCAGCAAUGUCCAUGCCCUUCAGGGCCAGGGGCCUGCCUCCUGGACACCGCCACCGGGGCUCCUGCAGCCCCCUGGGUCAGCCGCUGCCCGGCUCCAUGCAGCCGCGCUCCCUUAAGGGGCUUUACUACCGCAGGGCCCGCAAGGUGGGCGCGCUGGACGCCUCCCCCGCGGCGGACCUGGAGAAGGAGAUCCUGGUCAACGUCGGGGGCCGGCGGUACGUGCUCCCCUGGAGCACGCUGGACGAGUUUCCGCUGAGCCGCCUGAGCAAACUCAAGUUCUGCCGGAGCCACGAGGAGAUCGCGCAGCUCUGCGACGACUACGACGAAGCCACCCGGGAGUUCUUCUUCGACCGCAGCCCCAGCGCUUUCGGCAUGAUCGUGAGCUUCCUGGCGGCCGGCAGGCUGGCCCUGCUGCGGGAGACGUGCGUGCCGUCCUUCCGGGAGGAGCUGGCCUACUGGGGGAUCGAGGAGGCCCACCUGCGGCCGUGCUGCCUGCUGGAGCUGCUCCGGAAGCUGGAGCAGCUGCGCGAGCUCCGCCAGCAGGAGGCGCUGCACCUGCGGCGCGAGGCGCGGCGCCCCCCCGGGGACCCGUCGCGCUGGGGGGUCUUCAUGAACUGGCUGCGGGAGACGGUGGAAAACCCGCGCUCGGGGCUCCCCGGCAAGGUCUUCGCCUGUCUGUCCAUCCUCUUCGUGGCCACCACGGCGGUCAGCCUGUGCGUCAGCACCAUGCCCGACGUGAGGGCCGAGGAGGACAAGGGUGAGUGUUCUCAGAAAUGCUACUACAUUUUCGUCGUGGAGACCGUGUGCGUGGCCUGGUUUUCCCUGGAGUUCUGCCUGCGGUUCGUCCAGGCCCGGGACAAGUGCCAGUUCUUCCAAGGGCCCCUGAACAUCAUCGACAUCCUGGCCGUCUCCCCGUACUACGUGUCGCUGGCCGUGUCCGGCGAGUCCCAGGAGGACGGCAGCUGGCCCGGCGGGGGCUCGUACCUGGAGAAGGUGGGGUUGGCGCUCCGCGUGCUGCGGGCGCUGCGCGUCCUGUACGUGAUGCGGCUGGCGCGCCACUCGCUGGGGCUGCAGACGCUGGGCCUCACCGUGCGCCGCUGCACCCGCGAGUUCGGCCUCCUCCUCCUCUUCCUCUGCGUGGCCGUCACGCUCUUCUCCCCCCUGGUCUACGUGGCGGAGAACGAGUCCGGGAGGGUGCUGGAGUUCACCAGCAUCCCCGCCUCCUACUGGUGGGCCAUCAUCUCCAUGACGACCGUGGGCUACGGGGACAUGGUCCCGCGCAGCGUGCCGGGUCAGAUGGUGGCCCUGAGCAGCAUCCUGAGCGGGAUCCUCAUCAUGGCCUUCCCCGCCACGUCCAUCUUCCACACUUUCUCGCACUCCUACCUGGAGCUCAAGAGGGAGCAGGAGGAGGUCCAGGCGCGCAUCCGCCGCCUGCAAAACGCCGCCACGGCCAGCGAGCGCGAACUUCUGAGUGACGUCGACGACCUGGGCCCGGAGGGCCCCGCCUCGCCCGCUAAAUACCUGUAACUCCAGGCCCUGCAGGGAAAGGGCGGCCCCGCGACCCAUCGCCCUCCGCUGACCGGGCGAGAGAUCGCCACGGUGGAGACCAGCUGGUGGGACGUUUCUGGAGCGCCAGGAGCGCUCCCACAGCUGGGAGGGGCGCAAGGCCACCGGGCUUGGCCUGUCGUGACGCGGGACCCCUCUGGCCACCGCGAGUCCGGCCGACCUUAUCGACGCUCCUUGCUUUCUCCUCUCUCCCCGCCCCUCGCCGAGCACAUCCGCUCUUUGUUAGGUCAAUCAGUCAUCCCCCAGUCUCCUUCCUUCCCUGUAGUGCUCCACACCCCAGGCUGCGUUCCAGAUGCCCGCAGAACCGAGCCUGCAGGACUCCGUUCCUCCCCUAAGACCCGCUUUGCGGGGGCCUCCCUACCACCAGGGACUGGAGGGUCCGGUCACUGCGAACCCUUCUGAUCAGAUCCCCCCACCACGGCGCAUCCUAUCGUGGGCUCCCGCAGGGCUCAGUAUGUCCCCUUUACCCCAAGAUGUUCCAUUUUCCCAAUGCCGCUGCCUCCCCCCCCCCCCCCCCCCCAACUCUGGAAGCUCUCAGCCAAGAAGGCAGAAGCGGCCUCUGCGUUAACCCCCCGGGCCAGCUGCGCUCUGGCUGGGACGUUCUCCAGGUGGCCAGUUCUUGGCCUUGACAGAGCCUCACUCUUGCAGGACCUGCACCGCCCCUUGAGAGAACCGUUCCUGCUGCUGGAUCCCCCAGCGCUGCAGAAGCCGCCCCUUCCCACCCUCAGCCGGGCCACCACGGGGGGGCGGUAUAGCUCCGGUGCGGAAGUGAGGGCACCCUUCCGAUCUGCCCCUUGCCGCCUCCCCAGACCGGGCCCUAGCUGCCAAAGGGUACGUUCCUCAGCUUAUAUGUAAAUGUGUUUGUCUAUUUAUCCGUUCGUUCAUGAACUCACAGGCCCUUUGCGUCCCAGGGAGGAAGCGGAUGUAGGACCCAGCGGCUCCAGAUACGGGCAGGGGGUGCCGGGGGCCAGAGCCAUGAAUCCCGAGCGGUCAGCCCACGCGGAACAUGCAUGUCAAAGUGCACGGCUUUGCAAAAGGGCGCAACAAUUUUAUCAGCUCUUCAAAGGAACCCAUGCCUCCCUGUAAAAGGAUACGAAGUUGUUAAGUAAAUCAACUCUCGUAUUUUAAGAUGGAGAGACGAAGGCUCAGAGAGGGAAAGCCACCUGCCCAAGGCCACACAGCCAGUUUACUUCCUUAGAUCUGCCCCUCCGGAGUCCCAGCGAGACACUCUCUCUAGUGUAUCAAGCUUCAGUUCUUAGGCUUUUCUGAAACAGUGCCCAAGCCCUCCCAGAAAACGUUCAAGGUUAAGCGUGUGGCAAGGAUGUAACUUUGCCCCGCUACCCUGAGCAGAGUAAGCAAGGUGGUCUUGGGGGUAUGUCGGGCACCAGCUGUCACCCUUCCUUUGUCCUAUCACAGUGGACACGCAGCUGAUUUCACUGGGCCUUCCUUUUCUCACCGAUGCCGUGGAGAGGUGGGACCAGACGGUGAUUAAAGUCCCUCCCGGCUUGGACAGUGUGGGAUUCUGGGAAGCCGAGUUCAUUGCAACAAUGUAUGCCACAGAGGGGCAGGUUGGAGACCAGAAGAGAGAGAACACAAAAAAAGCAAGCCCUGGGCCCUGACUAUCCACAGAGCUGCUCCCUUAGCAACAAUCAAGUAGUUCAAGUUUGAAUCGAAAUUCGCUGAGAUGUCCAGCUACCCUCCCGGUUCCUACCCAGCCACCUGGGCUCCUCUUCUCCACCUCCCUCCCCCUCCUGCCUGGCUCUGGGCUGUACCUACCGGCUCCAAGCCUCUCACCGGGAGCACUGAGCAUCACUUACUGUAUAAUUACUAGUCAUCAGGCAACUGAUGUUUUCACAUUUUAUUUGGGAAACAUCAAACACAAAGAAGUUGCAAGAACAGGAAGUGUGUACCUCUGAACACCUCUUUUUUUUUUUUUUAGUUUUUCAUGUUCAUUUUUCAGAGAAAGAGAGCGCGAGUGGGGCAGAGAGAGAGGGAAACACAGAAUCUGAAACAGGCUCCAGGCUCUGAGCUGUGUCAGCCCAGAGCCCGACGCGGGGCUCAAACCCAUGAACUAUGAGAUCCUGACCUGAGCCGAAGUCGGAUGCUCGACCGACGGAGCCACCCAGGCGCCCCUAUUCCUCUUUUUCUUUUUUUUUUUUUUUAACACGUGGUACCAUUUGCUUUAUUAUUUGGAAUUUUUUUAUUAUAUACAAAUGGUAGGUUUUUCUGGACCAUUUGAGAGUAAGUUGGCUACAGCAUGGCCCUUCGCUUCUAGAACUUUAGAAUAUAGUCCCUGGAAAGCCUGUCGGGAAACCAUCCGUCCGAGAGGGGACUGGGAGUCUCUGGAGGUGACAACCAACAGAGCGUGUGUAUGUAUGUGCAUUUCACAAUGCCAAGUGUCCGUGAUUUCUUCGGGUUCUCAAAGGAAUCCAUGAUUCCCCCCCCCGAAAAUAGGAGAGGAAGCUCCGAGGUAAACCACUGCCUUCGUUUUAAGCUGGAGAGCCAGGGAGACCCGGAAUACUUUGCGGGAGAAGGGGGCGAUAGCUGUUCUAAGAGUAAGAAUAUUUUUUUUACAAAACCACAGUACGGUUAUCAACAUGAGCACGUUUACCUUCAAUGCAAUGGUUUAAUCUAAUCUACCGUCUGUUCCAAUUUUGUCAGUUGACCUAAUAAUAUCCUUUAUAGCUUCUCCCCCGACCAGGAUGGGUCCGGCAUCGGCUGGAUAAGGCGUUUAUGCGUCCUAUCUCUUUAGCCUCCCAUAAUCUGGACUGUUUCCACAGCCUUCUGUGGGAUUUCUGACACGAAAAUUUUGGAUGAAUAUAGCCCUUCCUUUUUUAAAAAAAAUUUUGUUUAACGUUUAUUUACUUUUGAGAGAGAGACAGAGACAGGUGCGAGCGGGGGAGGGGCAGAGAGAGGAGACAGAGAAUCUGAAGCAGCUCCAGGCUCUGAGCUGUCAGCACAGAGCCUGAUGCGGGGCUCGAACUCACAGACCGCGAGAUGCUGGCAUCGGAGUGGAGAGGGAGAAAGGGAAGGAGAGCCGGGGAGCCCUGGCUGGGCCCAAAGACAUUCAGAGGAAACCAAAAGGAACCCUGAUCAUGCAGGCCAGAUAGAACGUGCCAGAAGGCCAGGCCUGCACAGGCCACCUGCGCGAGGACAGUGUGUCCCCCUUGCAGAUGAACUAGUCCGUGAGGCUUGGAGCUGGACUUUUCUCUUCGCCUCUGGUCCCUUCCCUCCUUCCCCGACCCUGCCAGCUGGGAGCAGCGUGCCGCACAGAUUCUCAGAACCUGCCCGUUUUAGGCGUGUGGACGAGAAGCCUCGGGAAGGGGAUGUAAUGUGGCAAUUCACACAACCUGAGCUGAAAGAACUGGGAUGGCCUCAGCUCUGUGCCUCACGACCCUCGGCCAGCACCUGCCCGACCCGGCAUUUGACCUCUAACCAAGGGGCCCCUCCAGGAACGUGAUGUCAGCUAAAAAUGAAACAAAGGGCUGUCCCCCAGAGCCCUGUGGCUCCCUGGUCAUCCGAGGGGCCCCGCCUGACACUGCACUCAGCCCAGCUCUGCCUCGGCAGUGGCCUGCACCAAACAACAUGUGAAAAAUGUGGCGAGACUUUGAUAAGUCACCUUUGCUCUCGGGGACAAAACCAAGGGCGGCAGGGAACGGAACGAAUUUGGGCGCCCCAAGCUACAAUUAGCCAAUCUUGCUGUUCCAAAGGCUUCCACUGUACUUGGCCAAUGACCAGCUUAAAAUAAGAUCCCCUGGGGAGCUCGGCAGUUCCAAGCUUCAGGGGUCCCCUGCC